CGGCGCAUGAAGUUCUAGACACAACCCUGGAACAAGCGGUAGGCCGGCGGAGCCGCGGUGAUCUGGUGAUCCACAGCCAUGUCUGGCUCUAAAGGCAGAGCAAAGAAAAAGGCCACCCCUCCAUCUGCCCCCUCACCUGACAACCUACCUCUGCGAUCUUCUGGACGACAGGUGAGGAAAAAGACAAGUGAAGCAAUAGAAGAUGACGAGGAUUACCUGGAGAAGAAAUACAGGAAAUGUGAGAAGGCCGGGUGCACAGCAACUUGUCCCGUUUGCUUUGCCAGUGCUGCUGAAAGAUGUGCAAAGAAUGGUUACACAUCAAGAUGGUAUCAUCUUUCCUGUGGGGAACAUUUCUGCAAUGAAUGCUUUGAUCACUACUAUAGGAGUCACAAAGAUGGUUAUGAUAUAUAUGCUUCUUGGAAGCGUAUAUGGACAAGCAAUGGAAAAAGCGAACCAAGCCUUAAAGCAUUCAUGGCUGACCAGCAGCUUCCAUACUGGGUACAAUGCACAAAACCCGAAUGUGGCAAAUGGCGGCAGUUAACAAAGGAGAUACAGUUAACUAUGCAAAUGGCGAAGACAUACAGAUGUGGUAUGAAGCUGAAUAAUGCUCUGAAGGCUGAAGGGUCAGAUCAUUGCUCUAUGCCAGAAGAUCUGAGGGUUUCAGAGGUACCAACUCAGCCAUGGUAUGCAAUGCUUAUUCUACCUCCGCUCCUGAAAGACAGCCCGUCUGCCCCAUUGCUAGCGGCCUAUUACCCGGACUGUGUAGGCAUGAGCCCAUCAUGUACCAGCGCAAACCGUCUUCAUGGAGACCACAAACUAGAGCAAAGCAGAGGAGUGUCCUCUAAUUCUGGGAUCAAUCCAUAUUUUCAGCCAUUCUACCAACCCAAUGAAUGUGGCAAAGCUCUCUGUGUCAGACCAGAUGUGAUGGAACUAGAUGAGCUUUAUGAGUUUCCAGAGUACUCUAGAGACCCUACAAUGUAUUUGGCCAUGAGAAAUCUUAUUUUGGCCUUGUGGCAUAUAAAAUGUAAGGAGGUGCUCACACCACAGACCUGUGCUCAUCAUAUAAUGGUGAGAGGAUUAGUCCGCAUCCGCUGCGUACAGGAGAUGGAACGGAUUCUCUAUUUUAUGACAAGGAAAGGACUAGUUAACACUGGGGUUUUGUCUGUCUCCCCUGGUCAGUGCCUCCUUCCAAAGGAAUACCACAAAAAAUCUGUGAUUAUCGUUGGAGCAGGACCAGCAGGAUUAGCCGCCGCACGGCAGCUAGACAAUUUUGGCCUUCAGGUGAUGAUUCUUGAAGCAAGAGACCGGAUUGGUGGUAGAGUCUGGGAUGAUAAAUCAUUUAAGGGAGUCACCGUUGGAAAAGGAGCACAGAUUGUGAACGGUUGCAUCAACAAUCCCAUUGCGAUAAUGUGUGAGCAAAUUGGGAUUAAAAUGCGGAAACUUCGAGAAAAAUGUGAUUUGAUUCAGGAAGGAGGAAGAUUGACUGAUCCAUCUAUAGAUAAACGCAUGGAUUUUCAUUUUAAUGCCAUAUUGGAUGUUGUUGCAGAAUGGAGGAAAGAUAAAAGUCAGCAUCAAGAUGUCCCUCUUGGAGAUAAGAUACAGGAGAUCUACAAGACUUUCAUUCAGGAAUCUGGAAUCCAAUUUACAGCUGUGGAGGAAAAGGUUUUGCAGUUCCACCUCAGCAACCUGGAAUACGCCUGUGGAAGCAAUCUGCAUAAUGUAUCCGCUCGCUCCUGGGAUCACAACGAAUUCUUUGCUCAGUUUGCUGGAGAUCACACAAUGUUGACCGCCGGGUAUUCAGCCAUCACUGACAGAUUGGCAGGCGGACUUGAUAUUCGGCUUAAGUCACCCGUUAAACACAUUGAUUACAGUGGGCAAGAAAUCUGUUUAAAAACAGCAGAUGGAAAAAUCUACAGUGCACAAAAGGUUCUGGUUACAGUACCCCUUGCAUUACUGCAGAAAAAUAUUAUCCACUUUAAUCCUCCUCUACCAGAGAAAAAAGUUAAAGCCAUAAAUUGCCUUGGAGCUGGAAUUAUUGAGAAGAUUGCUUUGCAGUUUCCUCAUAGGUUUUGGAACCGUAAGAUUAGUGGAGCGGAUUUCUUUGGUCACAUUCCUCCCGACUCCAGUAAACGGGGUUUGUUCGGUGUGUUUUACGACAUGGAUCCUCAGGGUAAACAUGCGGUCCUCAUGUCGGUCAUUACCGGAGAUGCUGUGAAGGUGAUUGCAGACAUGGAUGACAAGCAAGUGGUGAAGCAGUGUAUGGUGGUUCUCAAGGAGCUGUUUAAAGAACAGGAGGUACCAUCCCCAGUGAAAUACUUUGUUACUCGCUGGUCUAAAGACCCUUGGGCACAGAUGGCUUAUAGUUUUGUAAAGACUGGUGGCAGUGGGGAAGCCUAUGAUAUACUAGCGGAAGAUGUUCAAGGAAAAAUAUUUUUUGCGGGAGAGGCCACAAAUCGACAUUUUCCACAGACUGUGACUGGAGCCUAUUUAAGUGGAGUGCGAGAAGCAAGCAAAAUUACAGCCUUCUAAAUCAUGCCUCACUUUUUCUUUGUCUCAUUUUUAUGUUGUUUUUCAAGGAAAAAAAGGCUGACUUAAGCCUUUGUAUUUCAGAACAAUUGUGCAUUAUGUGUUUGUUUUACUAUACCUGGUUAUAAUGGUUAUAAGGCUGUUUAGCAGUCUACACUUUUCAAUUCAGUUGAAAGAAUGUUAUAGCAGUGUAUAUUGGUCAAACAUGUACCCAAUGGCGCAAAAGAAUAACCUGACAUUUGUUUAAACCAGGGAUGCCCAACCUACGGCCCUCCAGCUGUUGCAAAACUACAACUCCCAACAUGCCUCGAUAUCUAUAGGCUGUCUAGGCAUUGUGGGAGUUGUAGUUUUGCAACAGCUGGAGGGCUGCAGGUUGGACACCCCGGUAUAAACUAUAUCUAAAUGCAAAAGGGUGCAGAUCUUCUAGACACCUCCAAUAAAGGUACCCUGCAGAAAUACUUCUUUAUAAUUAUACUUACCAAAGUAGGUAUAAGCAUAUCCAAAGAAGACUACAUUUUACAACUUGGAAAUUGUGAGUUGAAGUGGUUGGAUGCAGCAUACCCCGUUAAUGUUGUGUAAUUUAUUUUUACAUAAUUGUACUUUUGUAUAAUUUAAGCUGACUGGUUUCAUGUGUAGUUUAAGAUUUUGGUUAUACAGGAAUGUAUAUUAAUGUAAAUACAAUUUUGAUACCAGUUCCAUCCUUUUGAGUUUUAUACAUUUUUUGAUUACUGUGAGGAGAAGCGACUUCACAGAUUUGUAAAUCAUAACCUGGACUAGAGAAGGUCAAGCGUGAAGAAUGUUAUGCUAAGUUGGAUAAUAUCGCAAAAUAAACGCAACAAAAUGUUA